AUGUUUGUUUCAGAGGAUGUGCCGCCUACGAUACUCUUCGGGCUCCCAGCGGGUUCGGCGACGUUCGAACCCUCGGGCUCCUUGGCCGUCUUUCCUGGGAGUAUCCUGCAUCUCGAGUGUCUCUUUGCCAGGCGCCUCGGCAACCCCGAGUGGACCUGGACCUCGAAUUUUCGACAAUACUUGACUGGCUGGGCGAUUUCCCAGAUUGAAAGGGACUGGAAGUAUCGGCUGUCGAUAUACUACGCGAAAACCCAAGACUCGGGCAUCUAUACCUGCACGACACCUCGAGGCCUCACGAAUUCCAUCAAGGUACACGUCGUCGACGUGCACUGCCCACAGCUGAAGAAACCAGAGCCACCUCUGAUUGCGAAGAUAGAAGGUCCGCGACUCGGUGAGGCUGCGACGUUCGAGUGCCCGCACGGCUAUCGGCUCGAGGGAGCAUCGGCUAUCACUUGCCAGUAUAAUGGCAGUAAUGUCUUUAAGGGUCAAGAGAAGAUAGUAGACUAUCCGUUAGAUGAGCCAGAAGACGGGGAAAAAGACUAA